CCGCCCACCUCCACCCCCUCCGCGCGGGGCGGGGCCGUUGCGCUUCGUUGCCGCUCGGGCCGUGGCGCGCGCAACGCCGGCAGCGCUGCCGGUUCAUCUGGAACUGGAUGACAGAAGAGCAUGGAUAUGGGUAACCAACACCCAUCCAUAAAACGGUUGCAUGAAAUACAGAAAGAAGUCAAGGAGAUUGAACAGCAAGUGGUUGUCUUCAGUGGUCUGUCUACUGAUCGAGAUUACAAGAAAUUGGAAAGGAGUCUUACUAAACAGCUUUUUGAAAUAGAUUCUGUAGACACUGAAGGAAAGGGGGAUAUUCAGCAAGCCAGGAAGCGAGCUGCUCAGGAAACAGAGAGGCUGCUCAAGGAACUCGAACAAAAUGCAAACCAUCCACGCAGACUGGAAAUAGAGGCUAUAUUCAAGGAGGCACAGUCCCUUGUGGAACGUGAAAUUACACCCUUCUACAAAGGAGGUAACUGUAUAAGUGAUGAAUUUGAAGAAGGUAUCCAGGACAUUAUAUUGAGGCUUACCCAGGUGAAAACUGGAGGAAAAGUUUCUUUACGCAAAGCGAGAUACCGCACUCUGACAAAAGUGUGUGCUGUUCAGGAGAUUAUAGAAAGCUGCGUAAAGCAACAGCUGUCCCUGCCACUCUCUAAUGAUGCGCAUCCUUCUGUCUCCAAAAUUAACUCUGUAAUGUGUGAUGUGAACAAAGCAAGAGGGACUUUGAUUGCUCUUCUAAUGGGAGUGAGUAGUAAUGAUACCUGCAGGCAUCUAUCCUGUGUGCUUACAGGCCUCAUUGCUGAUUUGGAUGCUUUAGAUGUCUGUGGUCGCACGGAAAUAAGAAAUUACAGAAAGGAGGUAGUGGAAGAGAUUAAUAAAUUGCAGAAAUACCUGGACUUGGAAGAAGAAGCAGAUUCCACUCACGCUUACGAUUUGGCACAAAAUCAGUCCAUUCUAAAAAUAGAAGACAUCCGCAAGAAAAUGAAGGAAGUUAAUUCUUUACUUUUAAAAACAGAGAAUGCUUCUGAUUUGUAUUUGGGAUCCAAAGCAGAACUGCAGGGAUUAAUUGCCCACUUAGAUGAGGUGAGUCCAGGAAAAAAUCCCUGUAUUAGAGAAGCCCGGAGAAGAGCAGUUAUAGAAGUUCAAGCUCUUAUAACCUAUAUUGAUUUGAAGGAAGCUCUUGAAAAAAGGCAAAUGUAUCCUGAGCAAACUGCUGCCGAACAUCAGUCCCAUAAAGCAGUUUGGACUGUUCUUGGAAACUUGUCUCAAAUUCAGCAGGAGGUGCUUUCGUUUGCUGGAAACAGAACGGAUAAAAAUUACAUGAGAUUGGAAGAACUUCUUACGAAACAACUUCUAGCACUUGAUGCAGUUGAUCCACAAGGUGACGAGCGGUGUAAGGCUGCCAGAAAGCAAGCAGUAAAGCUCGCACAGAAUAUUCUCUACUAUCUGGACAUGAAAACAGAUGAAUGGGAAUACUGAAACAGCCCUGGCCUGACAUAGAAGAAUAUUUUUACCUUUGGCACUUUAUGCAGAUCUUUAGCAGCACAUAAUAAAAAUAAAAGUAGUGUGUUCUGUGCUAGCUUAAAUCAUGGAGAUUGCAUAAGCAGUUGACUUGGCUAUGUGUCUGCUGUCCCACGCAGUCAUCCACUUGCCAUGGCAACAGUCAGUACACCAUCAGCAAUUCUGGUCAUUGCUGUAAGCAAAAAAGUGUGCUCCUCUGAAGGAAUAGCUUAAUACUUGAUCAAACAGCUUCUUUUUUAUUUUUUUUCCUGGUUUUUUUUUUUGUUUUAAUAACCUUGUGCGAUGUUCAGUGAAUGCAGAUUUUUCAAAGAUGCUGAAACUUCCUUAUGGUAUAGUACUGGAAACACUAUCUAAAAAAGACUGGAUGUGAAAAUUGCUAUUCAAGUAUGGGGCUCCAGCCAGCAACUUCAUAGCAGUCUGGGUGUAUGCUUAACAAGCUGUUUUGGCAGAAAGUAUUAAGUGCAAAAAACCUUUUGGCUUUUGGGUUGUAUUUGAUUUAUUCCACCCAUCACAACUUUCUUGGUGUUUAGAUUUGUUGCUUAAUGGACCUAUAAUGCCAGCUGCAAAACAGCAUUGACAUAGGCAAAGCCAAUUAUGUCUGGGUUUUGGUUUUUUUUUUUGUAAUAUCUGAGCCCUCUGAUUUGCAAAAACAGAGGUGGAAACUCUUUCAAAUAAUUGCUUUAAGGUACUGUGACUCAGAGAUGAAAAUCUGUGCAUAUAUACUGACUGGGAUUUUGAGGAUUUCACACUGCCAUCCAUGAACCCCUGAAAACUGCACUGAAAUUUAAUUAGUGGUUGCUUAGGUGUCUUUUCAAACUCUGCUGUUAGAUAUGGCUUCUGACUCGUCUUUUCACAUUUGGUGAAAACAGAAACACAAUUCACUUUGAAGUGAGUGAGCAUUUUGGAAUUAUUUUUGUAAAAUUAGGUAGCUGACUAGAAAGACCUCCCUAAUGAUGUAAAUGUGUGUUAUAUACUUCAUACUGGGCAGGUGUGGCUUCAGGCAUGUCCUGGAAAAUGUGUCUCUCCUUGGAACACUUAAUUGUUUUAGUAACUUCAUAAAUAAGCUUGCUUGUAUGCACCUACCUUUUUAUUUAUGGCUGCUAGUGCCAAUCACAUUUCUGCUGUAGCAUGUUUUUGGCAUUUUUUUGAGAGCAUGGCAUUAAAAUGACUUUAUUAUAAGGAUAUAUAUAAUUGUGGAUACUUUGCACUUAGCCCUUUCAUGUUGAAUUAGUGAAUUAUAGUUCUAUGGAUGAUGAUUUGCACCACUUUAAGGAGUAAAAACCAUUUUGGAUGUUAAAAUAAAUAUUUUUUAGCUCUAUUUUUGACUGCUUAUAGAAGACAGUACUGUCUAUGAGAGACAAGUGCCUUUUUGACACCACUAACUUGCACGGUCAUUUAUAGAUAUAGGGCCUGUUUACUGGCAGCUUAAGACAUUUGUAAUCUUUGCAAACUGGAUUUCUGACAUAUAUAUAAUUCUACUAUGAUAUAUGUUAAAUUAACAUUGACAUUGAAUAGGUGACAAUUGCUCUAUAGAAUCCCGAGAAUUAAUAUCCAAUUUGGGAAAUAUGGAUUCUGCUUUAAAACAAAUGCAUCGAUGUGGAGAUGGGGGACUUCAGGCUUGUCUUCUGUGCCUAUUGCUACAAGAGAAUACAUUAGUUCCAUAACAUGCUUUGAGAUGUUGAUGAAAGGCUGUGUAACUUCAGGGCGUGAAUAUAUUUUGUUUGAGAUCCUACAGGUGAUUGCUUUGCAAUUUUACUUGCCAAAAACAACCUAUUUUUUCAAUUAAGUGCAGUGCCUAAGGCACAAUUUGGCAAUGUUUGUUGGAGGAUCCUCUCUGCUCCUUCAGAGAUACAGCCUUGUUGAAUUUAUCUCUCCUUACCUCAAAAUAAUAAUUUCCCCUAGUUGAAAUUCCAAUCUAUAUUUAUAUAUUAUGUGGCUAGCACAGAAUAUUUAUCAUGUUAUACACCUGAAUUAUUUUACUCAUUUCAGGCUUUCUACAUGUUUGAGCUGCAGCUGCUGAUUUGCACUUAGAUUUUGAGGAAAUACAAGUAUUUAAUAGCAUAAUUAUAUUGUCCAUUUUUCUUUAGUAUUCCUGUCAGGUCUGCUGUGGUUACUUGUAGAUUGUUUAACAAUUGAGUGUCCGGGUUCUUUAGAGGUUAUGCGUAGCUUUAUAAAUGUUUGAACCUCUUGCGUAAAAAUGAGUAGGCAUAGUUUUCAGAUCUGAUCUAUUUUACGUUUGUUUAUCUUUUAGCUUUUGUGAAUGAAUUGUUAUGCCUGUGUCUCUAAGAAGGCAAAUGUGUAAAGUUAAUGUAAUUUUGAGUGAGUUCAUUAGAGUAAGAUAUAAUGUGGAUUAAGCUUCUAUCCAUUGUUCUGUAAUCUAGUAAAUCAACAACUUAAAUUUUAUGGUAAAUCUGGAAUGGGAGAUUAAUUCACAGUUUUUGCAUGAAUGAAAGUAAUGAACUAAAUAUGCAUAACCAAAAAAAAUGCACAUAUAUCUGAAAAUCUUGCUUUUGGUCUGAAGAAUGUAAUUUCUGGUUUUUUAUAUCCAAAGAUUGAGGGGGACACAAUUUGUCUUUCUGAUAUGGCAGGCUAAAACAAAUGUAAAUGGACCAAACUGCAAAAGCCUGCGUUUUAGUACUAUACUGAAAUACAACUUUUCUGUGUGCUGCGUAAUCUACCUUAGAGCAAAAGAAAUUAUUGGAUAUUUGGAGGAGAGGUAAUCAUACAUUGUGAUUCCAAUUUGCUAAUUGUAUUUCUUUUGAAAUUGUUGUUCUUUUGAAAAAGUUGUUCUUUAGUUAUUUCACAAUUUAUUUUUGUCGUUUAUCACUCAAAUUGGUUUUUCUGUGUUACCAAUUAGGGGGAGAUUUUUAUUAAGUAUGGUUCCUAUUUUUUCAAUUUAAGAGAAAUUAGGUCUGUGCUCCUUAUGGUGUGUUUGUCAUUGCGGUGUAGAAUAUGACAUUUGUAUAUAUAAAUUCAAGAUUAAUUAUUGCAGUGUUAUAUUCUUGAUUAUUAAUAAAAAUACAUGACUACCUAUUACUAGGUAUUCAUUUGAAUGUUAUGCCCUAUUGCCUUUCUGUAUUUAUUUUUGAAUGUGAGUUAAUAGAAUGUAAAUGAUUUUUGUUUUAGAAAAAGUGUUUCUAUUAAAGAUAUAAAGUGCUCUCUCUUUUUUUUUUUCCUCCUUUAAAACUUCGCUUUUUCACU